AUGUAUGGCGAACAGUACAGCUCCUCCAACAUUCUGCGCUCUUUGCCAUUCAGGUCCCCGCUAGCGCUGCUGUUAACACCUCCGGAGAUACUCGACCAGAGCUUAAUGCAUAAAUCUAAUGCUGCAGAGUCAGUGAUUAACUCUUUGUCUCAGAAACUUUUCGAACAGAAAGAAGUGGAAAACUCCUCAUGGAAACUCACCACGGGCUUCCACAACAACAGGCUAACCGAGGGAUCGGAUGAAAUCUCCGUCUAUACUAAGAAGAGACAGACCGAACACAUUUACGACCCGAGAAUCACAAUGGCAGUCUAUCUCCACCACUUGCAAGAGCAACACAGUUCCGGUCAGAGCAGCAUACCUUUCUCCUGGGAAGACUGGGUGGAUCUGUCGUAUUUGAACCGGUUUUUGAAUGGAAAGAGCCGCUCCUGUGCGUCAUUUUUGACCGAUUACGAGAUCUCCCUGAAAUAUGAAAUGAACGACAGUCUACCUUCCACGGAAUAUGCCAAUAGGAGUUUCUGUCUCGAUAACAUCGAUUAUCUGAAGACACAUAAUGGGAAAUACAAAGAUGAAAAGUUAUUGCCCGGGUUCAAUUUCAUGCAAAGGAUCAAUGAGAAAUCGAACUUUAUCGGGAAAAUAUUCAACGCAAAGUCGUUUAUUUUGUCCUAUGCCCCAACACCAUCUCUCAUCUACUUCUUGAACGAAAAUGGUACUUACUACAAGACUAAGCCAUAUCAGGCAACAUCUAUGAUGCAAAAUGGCCUCUUUGAAUCUUUCACAGACAAAAGCACAUUCAACGGAUUUAACCCCGUGGAGGAGUUGGGAAAAUUGGGAGAUAAAUACCUUACUCACAAUGAGAACGACUUUGCGAUUCAACUCUUGAAAACUAAGAAUUUUCAGCUGAACAUUCCGGAGGGAAACUUUUAUUUGGACACUGAUGAGCAUUUUGCCGACCUCUACAACAAGGAUUUUUCACUUUUAGAGGAUAACGAGAAAAGGUUUCUUGAAUCUGUCAACUACUCUAAAGCAGCAGAUGCCGAGGACGUGAAAAAGUAUUUUAAAGAAGUCAAUAUUUUGUGGCCUGCAAGUUACAACGCUCAUAAGCUAAAAGAGAAUGGUGGCCAUUAUGAUGCCAGAUUUUUCUCUGGUUUUGUUACCGAAAUGCCGCUCUCUGACUUCACCUUCCAUUCUCCUUACUAUACCCCUGAAGAGCUUGACAGGAAACCUUUGGAUAACCCGACUAGCCGUCGUACGAUUAUCUUGUCACAUUUGCUCCACACGCUACUAACGGCUACGUUCCACGACGGCCUAUAUAUGUUUCCAGCACAUGGCUCUUUACUUUCAUGGUACUUCACAUCAAUGUCUUUUCCCUACGAUGGAGAUGGUGAUGUACAAAUGCCCGUCACGGACUUGGCUGAGUUCUGUCUACGAUAUAACAACUCGUUGAUUGUUCAAAACCCAAAGUAUGGCAUGGGUAAGUACUAUAUCGAUUGCACCAGUAGUUUGACCCAUAGAGGUAAAGAGACAGGUACGAAUAAUAUUGAUGCUCGUGUGAUUGAUGUCGAUACAGGAAUGUUUGUUGAUGUCACCGGUAUCGGUGUAUCAGCAGACCGUUUGACCGCUCCCGGUAUGAACAAACUGGAUGGAUGGAUUCCAAAGCAAGUGAAAUCCAAGUAUCCGCUUUCCAAGGUAGAUUCUAGGAGAGGAAGAAGGCAAGGUGCUCUGGCUUCAAAUAAAUUUAAACACGAAGGUGUGAAAUCAAUACAAAAAGCAGAGGCGGAGGAUAAGGAGACAGUAAAUAAGGUAUUGAAGAUCCAUUCUGAGAAUAGGAUUUACAAUUGCAGAAAUGACCACUACUAUACAUAUGAACAAUUGUCUCCUGUGCGGUUGUCGCUAUUUGAAGGAGCACCGACAUUUGUGCCUGCGUCGAAAAAGUCGUUGACUAGUAUUUUGGAGCAAGAGUAUUCGCCUCUUUCUCUUCGACGUGUGGCAUGGGAUGACUGGGUGUUCCUGAAGCCUUUGAAAAUGUGGGUCCAUGCAGAUGAUGUUCAUUGGGCAUGUGUGGUAAAUAAUUUGCAACCUACCACUGCCGUUGGGAAGAGCAAGAACAAAAGGAAGGCGAAAGGUAACAAGAAGAAUGUCAAGGGAGUCAACGUUGUUGGGUGUUAUAUUGGCAACGAAGCUACUAUUAUUUCUGAGAUGAUCAAAAGUUCGCUUUACGAAAUUACAUCGGAAGAGGUGUUGAAGCAUAGGGAUGAAAGAAGACCUUCUAUGAACAUUGUGGAGGAAUUUUACCACGACAAUCUCUACAAUAGUGUGCAUUCCACAGAGAUGGCUAUCUAUUAUUCUGAUUGGGAGUGGAAAUCCCCAUCAAUCCAUGACUAUCACGGGAUGCCGACAAAGUGGAAAGACUUGGCUCAGUGGAUGCUGCGAGAUCAUCCUCCGCCAAGGAUUCCGAUGCUCGAUUACCUUUCGUAUGUGGAGGUUGCGGACCAAGGAAAAGAGGUUGUGGUAUCGACGUCAAAUUACACAGGGAUAUAG